AUGCUUCCUGUUACGGUUGUUCGAUCAAUGAGGCCUCGCUACCUCAAGCUUUGUGCACCGAAUGGGUCUUUACGGAGAUACUUGACUAUGUUGAGCCCUCCCAAGUUUGAAAACGAAAAGAUGCUCAACUAUGCCAAAGGCUCUCCUGAACGAGCUGAGUUAACCAAAUCUAUCAAGAAGCUCAAGGGCCAAUUCCCUCUGACGAUUCCCAUUAUCAUCAAUGGCUCAGAGACUACCACCAAGGAAUCCCGCGCUCAACCAAACCCUUCAAAGCACAGCGAAAUCGUUGCAAACUACGCCUCCGCCACCCCCGAGCAGGUCAAUGCCUCGAUUGACGCAGCCCUCAGUGCAAAACCUGCCUGGGAAGCUACUCCAUUCGAAGACCGUGCCGCCAUAUUCCUCCGAGCCUCCGAGCUUGUUACCGGCAAGUAUCGUUCCGAUAUAGUUGCAGCCACAAUGCUCGGCCAAGGAAAGAACAUCUGGCAAGCAGAAAUUGACGCGGCUGCGGAGACAGCCGAUUUCUUCCGUCAUUAUAUCCAAGAGGCAUGGGCUCUGUUCUCACAACAACCGAGGGUCCAGCUUCAUGGCAGUUGGAACAAAAUGGAGUACCGCCCGCUAGAAGGUUUCACGUACGCCAUUGCUCCUUUCAACUUUACAGCACUUGGAGCAACGCUCAUCGGGCCCGCUGCGCUGCUUGGCAAUGUCGUCGUCUGGAAGCCUUCUGAUUCUGCUCUUCAUGCUAGCUGGUUGCUUCACCAAAUCUUGCUCGAGGCUGGUCUGCCUAAGGAUGUGAUCCAGUUCUUGCCCGGUGAUGCCGAGCAAAUCACCAGUACUAUUCUCAAGAGACCCGAGUUCGGGGCUCUGACAUUCAUAGGUGCCACUGCGACAUUCAGAGGCAUUCAAAAGAAGAUUGGCGAUGGUAUCGGUGCCGGGAUCUACAACUCCUACCCUCGGGUAAUUGGCGAAACUGGUGGCAAGAACUGGGGCAUCGUUCAUCCAUCUGCAGAUGUGCGAAGCGCGGCCUUGAACACCAUCCGAGCAGCCUUUGAGUACCAAGGUCAAAAGUGCUCUGCAAAUUCCCGUGUCUACGUCGCAGAAUCUGUAUGGCCCGAGUUCCAGAAGGUUCUGGUGGAAGAGACCGAGGCCUUGAAAGUGGGAAAUGUCGAAGAUUAUAGCAAUUUUAUCAACCCAGUUAUCCAUGAGCGCUCGUUUGACAAGCUCAACAAUUUUAUUGAAGAGGCAAAGAGUGACUCAGCGCUGGAACUCAUUGUUGGUGGCAACGCGUCGAAGAAAGAGGGCUAUUACGUGCAUCCCACCGUAUAUCGGACCUCUGACCCUCGCCACAAGAUUCUGUCCGAGGAGCUGUUUGGACCUAUUCUUGGAGUCUAUGUUUACCCAGAUGCUGAAUGGGAGGAGACUUUGAAGUUGGUUGACACGACCUCUCGUUAUGCAUUGACUGGCAGUAUCUUUGCCAAAGACCCCUAUGUUAGCCGUCAGGCCCAGAACAUUCUCAAGCACGCGGCAGGCAUGCUCUAUCUAAAUACCAAAUGCACAGGUGCUGCUGUGGCUCAGCAACCGUUUGGGGGUAGCCGGGACUCAGGUACAAACGAUAAGACUGGCACCAUGGCUCAUUUGCAGCGUUUUGUGAGCACUCGCACAAUUAAAGAGGAAUUUGUGCUUUUGGAAAAAGUCACAUACCCUUCUAAUGAAGUAUAA